AUGAUGUACGUGUCGCCAUUCCCUGUGCUGGUCACGAUGAGACACACGAACGUCUAUGAAGAACGCUCUCUCGGAAUAUACGCAGAGGACAGCCCGAUUGCCAACGACCCGCAGUCACAGAGCAUAUUCACCCGCCUCAUGAAUCAGCACCUAUUCGCGCACGAGGGCACCCGCCGCCACUUCAUCCGCGAACAACUGCGCGACCAGCUGAGCCACGAUCUUUGGUGGAUCGCACUCGCAGUGUUCCUCGUCUCCAUAAUAGAGUCCAAUAACUACAACAAGGACCCAGUGGCAUUCUCAACCUUCAACAUCCUCUUCGAAGUGAUAUCCGGCUACGGCUGCGUCGGCAUCAGCACCGGCUAUCCUGGAAGAGACCUCUCGUUUUGUGGAGUCUGGCACCCACUAAGCAAACUCAUCCUUGCAGCAGUUGCUCUGCGAGGUCGUCACCGGGGGCUACCUGUUGCUAUCGACAAGGCGAUCAUGUUGCCUAGUGAAUCCCAGGUGUGGGCUGAAGAAGAAGAUGCUGUACUGAGGCGCGAACAGUCUCACAUUCGUCCUACUCCGGAUUUCGUGGCUGUCUAA